AUUCGUUACACAAGUGGCGUUCGAUAAGAAACAGAUUUGUCAUUAUCACCCCGCCAAAACGCCAAACGUCACCAAUUUAGCUAGCAUUAGAUACCUAGGACCCGCCAACCACCACCAACCUCGUCGGAUAGGACUCGAUUUGAUGUGGAAUCAUUCACAAAGAAUUCCAAACCUCGACAUCGCAACCGGGUGCAACGGUUAAAUCGCACUAUAUAAUCGAAUAUCCAUCUCAUGUCGGAUUGCCUCUAUCUCUUUAGCUAUCUACCUACCUAGCAUAGUAAAUUCAUGAGCAACAAUUCCAACCCAACCUCCACCUCCACCAAUUCCACCAUUUUAAUCGCAACCGCAAUCGCACUAAUCGCAGCAAUGGCCUUCACAAUGCCCGCCUUCGCAACACGCCUCUUCCGGCCCUUUACCUCAAGCACACGCUUAGGCAUAACAGCCGACACCUCCGGCGGCUCCGCGACACAAAUCCCCGAAGGCGCGGAGAAAGCUACGAUCGCAGCGGGAUGUUUCUGGGGCGUGGAGCAUUUAUACCGCAAGCACUUCGACGGGAAGGGAUUAUACGACGCGCGCGUAGGAUACACCGGGGGCGAUCUGAAUAACCCGACAUACCGCGCGGUGUGUACAGGAUCAACUGGUCACGCCGAAGCCCUACAAAUCCACUACGACCCCUCCCGCCUCUCCUACCGUCAAAUCCUCGAAUUCUUCUACCGCCUGCACGACCCGACAACCGCCAACCGUCAAGGCCCGGACACAGGUCCUCAAUACCGAAGCGGAAUCUACUACCACGACACCACACAAGAAGCCAUCGCGCGCGAGGUCACCCAACUGGCAAAUGAACAGUGGUAUAAAGGAGGAAUAGUGACGGAGAUCGCGCCGGCGGGACAAUGGUGGGAUGCUGAGGACUACCAUCAGCAGUAUUUGCAUCAUAACCCCGCGGGGUACGAGUGUCCAACGCAUUUCUUGAGGACGUUUCCGCCGCUGCAGUGAGGUGGUUUGGUGAGAUGUGGGGAGGUGAUGUUGAUUUGAGUCGAGUCGAGUGGGUUGGGAAGAAGCUUGAAUUGGUUGGGAUGGCUUGAGUUGAAUUCGGUAUAACUAUGGUUGUUAUAGUCAACGACUGCUAACACGAUGAUAUAUAAGUUCACGAAAACGGGCCAGGUAUCGACUCCAAGAUGGUCAGAAGUAGGCCAUUACUUUGACGUGGUUGUAAAUGGUUUAGAUGAUAAGCUGACAACGAUUGAACGUCCUUUAUUUUGGAAAACAUUCGAAUCCUAGCUAGUAGUUUUUCUACAACCGGGAAUAAUGCUAUUGGU